AUGAGGAUGUCGCUGUUUGAGGCUGAUGAAGACGUCGCCAUGUCUCAUGCGGCCGAUACCAAGCAGAAGACUGAUGAGGUCACUGACGACACUCCCAUCCUACCACCACCACCACCACCACCUGCUCCUGCGGCCAAACCCACCACCUCGUUGGCCGAACCGACUAUCCAUGAUUGUGUGGUCUCUCUGGCAGCUAGAGUUGCUGCCAUGGAAAUGGCCGACCACAACACCCUCGCUAGGGUGGAUGCGAUGGAGCACGACUUCGACUCCCGCAUCUCCUCUAUGCGGGCCGAGUUUUCCGAUGUCCAACUGAGCUUCAAUGCCACGGUGGAUGUGGUAAAUGGUCUUGCCAACAUGGUGGAGAAAAUGAGGCAGGAACGCUCGGUCCUGAACACAUCCUUCCCACCACCAGUGAUUGGCUCGACCGGUGCUUCCACGGCCACAGACAUGGGCAUCAGAUACUUGACUGGUGUGUUCGGCCCUUCGGUUGCUCCCAAUGCUGAUUCUGUCGCCAUUGGUCAACCCUCAGCAUCUCACCCAUUCGGUCACCCUGAUGUGCAAGGCAGGACAUUCACCAGUGGGCAACCAUCAUCUGAGUCGGUGCAGGCCGGUCCUUCAUCUGCUCCCCCCAUCCAAUGUGAUUUGAGUGUUUCAUGCCCUGCUUCUACUACUUCCUCCCUCCCUUGA